AUGGUGGGAACCCCCACUCUGCUAAGUUUUCACUUUUCAAAGCAAAAUUGUUUUUAUUUAUCUAGCGAGACAAUGACCUGGAAUGAGACAAGGAAGUGGUGUCAAACAGAAUACACAGACGUUGUGAUGGUCCACAAUGAAAAUGUAACACGUUUCCUUGAAAAAAAUUUGCCUGAAAAAUCUUCGUCUCCUUACUACUGGAUUGGAAUGAAAAAAAUCAAUGACAUUUGGACGUGGGCUGCCAAUGGACAGAGUGUGGACUAUGGAAACUGGGCACCCAAUGAACCCAACAACAACAAGGCAGAUGAGAACUGUGUGGAAUUAUACACCAACACAAACAAUAAAGGAAAGUGGAAUGAUGACAGCUGUGAACAUAAAAAGCAUCCUAUAUGCCAAAAAGCACAGUGUCCAAACAAUUGCACUGAUAGACAGUACUGCGUAGAACAAGUCAACGACUUCACCUGUGUGUGUAAAACAGGUUUCUCUGGGCCAGUGUGUGAAACAGUCGUUUCAUGUGAACCACUCUCUGCACCACCACACGGCUGGAUGCAAUGCUCCGGUCUGUAUGGGAAUCAUUCCCUCAACUCAAAUUGUACAUUUUCUUGUGCUGGUGGUUAUAAACUGAAUGGUAAAGCUGAGCUCAAAUGCAAUUCCUCCGGUGCAUGGAACGCACCACCACCUUCAUGUGCAGGUGCAAUAUCAGAGUGUUUUCCCAUUCUUUUGUUUGGUGGUGGAUUGCUGAACUGCACUGAAGGACAUGACAGCAUCAGAUCUGCCUGUAGAGUACAGUGUCCACCUGGUCACCUGCUGCUGGGUUUUGCUGAGUUCACCUGCAGAGCUGAUGGCACAUGGGAGUCUUCCUUUCCACUAAUGUGUGCAAGUUAUGUCCAUUUUCUAAUUGCUCUUUUAGCAUCUGUUGUCAUCUCUGUGUUUUGUGGCUGUUUAUUUUGUUGCUCCAACUGCAGAAGGAGUAAAAAGGCAGUGAGAACUCGACCAGAAACAGUGAAUCCAGCAUUUGAAGCAGAACUCACACCACUAGAGGGCCCUCUCUAA